UUAGGAACCGAGACACCGCUGCUCUAUCCGUCUCCAGGUGUGGACGGGAUGACAUGCCGCCCCUGUCAUCUGGACACACCCUCGGGAUCCUCGCCGGUGAUUGGCCCCCGGAACUGUAGCUCAGGAGAGGCACACAGGCGGCCAAUCACCGGCGAGGAGGUGGAGCUUGGAGAGGAGGAGCCGAGCGGCCACCGCGAAGAUCGAGCGGGUGAAGAGGAGGAGAGCGGCCGGAGAAAGAAGACAGCUGACAGAGGGAGGGAGCGAGCCCAGGCUGGAGCAGGGGUCAGCAAGGUAAGUAUC